AUGGACCUGAACAGACCGUUAUCUGUCCAGAAUCCUUAUGGCAACGACUUUGAAGCCAAUGCUACCAUUCAUUCUCGCAUCCCCGAGCUCCCUAGCAACUCGAAUUUGCCCAAUGAUCCCCUUCGCUCCCCUCAGUCCGUCCAAGUCAUCUCAUCGCUGAUAGACUCCUUGGGUGCUCUUUCCCCUGCAAAAGAAGACGACGACGACGACGAACACGAACACGAACACGGAAUAACACACCGGGGUCGGGAAUAUCACCAUCGUCCUGUGUCGUCCCCGUCGCCCGAUGCGGAUGAAUUGGAUCGCAACUUGCAUGAUCCAAUCGCAGACGACAGCAGUGAUGGGGAAGUCGCAGCGGCGCCGGUAAUUCGUUAUGCCCGACGGCCUCCCUUGGUAUCAAAGAGGUCAAGCAAGUCAAGACUAUAUUCCCUGAACAUGGCCCAGCCUGGGCUAGCACCUCGAACCUCAUCCCAGAGUCUAAGAUCCCGUGCUGAGACGGAAUCAGUUGGGGUGCCUAGUAUCGAACGACGACAUGGCUCUAGUGCCAGCUCAACCUUCUCCAUCAUCAGCGGCGUCUGUGCCCUGCGAAGAAAGACCACUUCUGAGUCUAUACGCGACAAGGCUGCCACGAGGCCUAUCCCUCCGAGACGGUUUUCGUCUGAUAGGCGCCGGAAGACCGAGUCAUUAUACAGCAUAGAACAAGAAAUGGAGACCAAAAUACCUACACGAUCGUCCUCAAUUGACGGGUACUCUCCUGGCGGAGUCCUGCAAGACUCGCCGAAUGGCGAAAGUCCGCCUGUGAGCGCCUUGAAUCGCUUCAGUCGUGGCGAUCUAGGCAAUCACUUGAUCCCCUCGCGUCGUUCCUCCCUAAGACGGAGCAUCACUGGCGUACCGGAACCUACACCAGAAUCAGACAGAUUAUCUUCCCCUUCCCGGCACCUCAAGGAGCUUAACAUUGAUGCGGAACUGAUCGAUGGAGAAAACUCGACGGUGCGAAGAAUCCGCGAACUACAAGAAGCGCGAGAAAAGCGUCAAAAAGAAUGGCGCAACGAGGCCCGAAAGUCGGAACGAGCUGCGAAGAGGCAUACAAUAGCGGCUCCCAAAGUUUCGUCGCAACGGACGAGUCCGUAUCAAAGUUCGAGGCUGUCUGUUGCCGAGGUGGUCGUCGAGUCUCCUGAGAUAGAGAGCCCUCUCGAUCUAUCUGCCACUGUUAGUGCCUCGGAUUUAGCCAACAUGCCGGCUUUGAUCCCUGCUGCUUCAACUGGAGAAGUGCUCGCGCCAUACAAAGGACCCUCGCCUGCGGGCUCGAAUCCAACCAGUGCCGCCCCGUCGCGGGUCAACAGUAUGUACCGAAAUCCAGCAGCUCAUACGAAGCGCCAUUCUGCCAAUGGUAAUCUAAAGCCAGAUCCUCCGUUGGCUGAGCUGAGGGCCAUAUCGGAUGAAGUGGAUGCUUUUCUGAGAGCCCCCAGAUUAACCCAGAAAAUCAGACAUCCGCGCACAGGGCGGACCAUCGCUUUCUCAGAGGUCGGAGACCCCGAUGGGUUUGUCGUAUUGUGUUGUGUAGGCAUGGGCCUGACACGAUAUCUGACGGCGUUCUACGAUGAACUUGCACGGACACUAAGGUUGCGACUGAUAACCCCAGAUCGCCCAGGUGUGGGUGAGAGCUCGGCGGUGCCUGAAGCCUCGUGUACUCCCCUCAAUUGGGUUGACGAUGUGGCUGUGAUAUGCAGCUCUUUGGGAGUCACGAGAUUCUCACUUCUUGCGCAUUCAGCCGGUGCCAUCUAUGCUCUUGCAACUGCUCUAAAGAUGCCACAGUAUGUACGCGGUCGAAUACAUCUCUUGGGACCAUGGAUCCCGCCUUCUCAAAUGCCCAAGGGAACUGCACUAGGACCAGAUUCCCCGCCGAUCGCAAAUCUCCCAUUUUCGCACAAACUUCUCAGCGUCCUACCUGCACAAAUACUCAAGGUGGCAAACUCGAGAUUCUUGACCGCGACGAGUGCAUCCGUGGACACGAAGCCAUUGAAGGCCAGAAAAAGCAAGGGUCUCGAGAGUAUCGAGGCCACAUGGGAUGCAUUUGACGACAUGGAGAAUCCCUUUACCAAUCCCCUUCCAGACAUGGAGCCAACGAGACCGCAGACGAGCACAUCUGCUAGAGCCAGAAGUGCGUCGUACAACCAACCUAACAUCGAAUCCCAAGUCAGUGCGGUUGAGAAUAGGACUUCACCACCCUCAGCUUCUCGACGUCAGACGCAGUAUGCUACCAAGGUGACGAACCUGACUACUGGACCGAUGUCCCCGCGCUUAACGCCAGAGGCUCGCCAGUCGCUUUAUAACCAGUCACUGACGCAUCGGAUCUGGGCUCUGGCCACGCAUAACGCAAACCCCGCCAUUGAUCUUGUGGUUUGCCUCGAGCGCCGGAAACCGAUCGGCUUCAAGUACCCUGAGGUCACUCGGUCAGUGGUGAUACAUCAUGGUGCCAAGGAUUCAAGAGUACCGUUGGAUAACGUGCGGUGGUUGCAGACUGUGAUGAAGCGGUGCGAGCUCAGAGUGCUAGAGUCCGAGGGCCAUGGACUGAUGGCGUCGGCGUCGGGAAUGGCCACGGUCCUAGGGGAGAUUGCCAAAGAAUGGGAAGAGUGGGAGAAGAUCGCCAAGGGGAAAGAGAAAAAGAAAAAAGAAGAGGCUUCACCUGCAUUCUCCAGGUUAAGGGUGUGA